UAGACAGUUGUAACUUCUCUCACUUGUCUCAUUAUCUUUCCCGCUUCGACUCAUCAUCUCGUCCGGUCUCACUUCUCAAAUCUCAAAGCUCUCCAUCUCCUCCGCUCUUUAAAGUCGGAGCUAGCAGGAGCUGAAAUCUUCUCGCCUUCCCUCGACAUCCAUUGAGGUGAAGCAUAUUCUUUGUCGCUGCACCGCCUCCGCUUCCAACAGUCCUAUAUCGAAAAGGAAUAGAUCAUCAUGCUAAGCAAGAAGUUUCAGUCAAGUACGAGUCGUUGUCACGCUCACGGAGAUUGUGGUGAGGGUAUAACAGACAGAUUCAGUAAUCUUCCAGAAGAAGUUGCUUAUCAUGUUCUUUCCUUUCUCCAUUAAGUUGGUACUGUGUCCAAAGGAUGCUUAAAAUUUUAUCUAUCAGUCCCCUCAGUGAAUUUCGAUGCUGUUGUAAAAACCAACCAGAAGCGUGUAGAGUUGAUGAGUUCUUUGGAUAGGUACUUGAUUCAUCGCGGUCACAAUAAGAUGCAGCGGUUUUCCAUUUGUUGGAAGUCCUUUAGUAGCCAAACUUUAAUUAAGCACUCUGAUGAGCGUUUUCGGAUCAUCACGUGGAUUAACGGUGCAGUAAGGUGCAACGUUGAGGAGCUGCACCUUGAUUUCUCAGCAAAGGGUACCGUCACAUUUGCGCACUUUGCGUUCUGAAUCUUUACAGUCUCUAUCAGUGCAAUGUUUUAAUAUGAUUCUUCUAGCACCCUCCUUAUCUUUUUCGUGCAAUCUCCAUUACUUGAAGUUGAGUUUUGUUCGAAUAGUAGAUGAGAGAUUUUGCAAAUGGAUCUCAUGUGCCUGCAAAUGCACUAAGGAAAUCAAACUUUUUCACAUUAAUGGGAUGGAGAGUAUCACCAUUGAAGGCUUGUCUUUGGAAUCAUUUAAGUUGGCUUCGACUGUCCUCUUCCAUCUUAACCUAUGUGGUAAAAAACUUGAAGAAAUAUGAUUAGAUUGGACAUUUGGUACUUCAUCUAAAAGCCGCUCGUUAAAAAUCUUUGCCCCCAAUCUUAGAAAGUUGAGAUGGAAAGGCAAAUUGUUGAAUAGCCAAAGUCUAGGAGAAUUCAUGAGUUUAGAAAAAGCUCAGAUUUUUCUGAAGCCCGAGGUAAAUGGUUAUGACAAUUUAUAUGAGGUUCUUUGCAGUGUGUGCAGGGCUAAAGUUCUUAUUCUGAACGAGGAGACCAUUAAGGUUCUGUUCACGGAAGGCUCCAGGCCAGGACCAUUAGAUGAUAUACGUUAUUUGGGUUUGCAUUUGAGGAGCUUGAAUAAUGAACUAGUUCCAGCAGUGGUCUCUCUUCUUAGAGGAGUCCCUAAUUUGAAUACCUUGAACAUAGAAAGUGGACGAGGAAGACGGGAAACCAAUCCUAUGUCAUCUGGGUUUGAUAUGGUAUACUGGAAAUCGCAAAACCUUGAUUUUGUUUAUCAGCUUGUGGCGGUAACCAUAAAGCUCUCUGAUGCGUCAAAUGAAAUUGAGCUUGCAAGAUAUGUUGUUGAGUAUGCCCAGAAUUUGAAGAAAAUGACCAUUCUUUGUUCAAGUUUCCAACAACCAAGUGAUGUCCAAGGGAAGGUAAGCAAAUGCAAGAUGUUUUCGACGGCUUUUGUUGUCAUUCAGUCAAGUGUUUGAUGAUGAAAAAAGGAAAGCAUGCUUGAUUUGCAAAAUAAAUUUUUGCUAUUUGUAACCAUAUUGUGGAUUUUAAUAUUUACUAUAUUAUUGACUGUA